AUGAUGACGGCUGCUUCCUUCGCUGCCAGUUCACAUGAGAAUGUGGGCACACAAGACCAGCCGAACAUGCUCGGAAAGGCUUCCGAAAGUUACCUCAGCGACAGCGACCUUGAAGACAAAGCCAGAGACAGCCACGACGGGGGUGCGGACCAUGAAAUCAUUGUAGAGCCCAUGCCAUCCCGAAUCCCGUGGGGUGCCGCAAGCAUGUCAGCAGCUUACCUAGGGCUCGGCCGGAAGAGUCUUCGUGAGGCUCUGCCUAGCAAACCUUGCUGGGCUGUAGCCCUGUACAUGGGCAUCUUUCCUUCUCCCAUGAUGUUUGUGGUUGGACAAGUCUUGCCCGGUCAGUGGCUAAGUCAAAACGGGAAGACGUACCUCAGUAGCAUGGGCCUUGGAAGCAUGCUCCUCAUGAUUCUUAUCCCAUACCUCACCUUGGCGACACUGCUCGAGCACAUGGCCCAGAGGCAGAACGACGAAGGGGCCAUCAUCGCGAAGCUCAACGAACAAAUACAAGCAAGCGAUGUCAAAAAAGCUUUUGGAGAUCACCCCAAAUUGGAUCUGUCGAGGCGUCUACGAGUUUACAGGAUCUGCGCGCGCGCUCUGCUGAACAUCUUCUUGUUCUCUUAUUCCCUCGCUUCUCUGGGGCCCCGAGAUCCCGAUGAGCCUCUGAAUCAAACUAAGCAUGUGCUUGCCUGGCUUGAGUUUUUCGGCAUCUGGACCCUAGCCCUCCUCUUUCUCUUGAAGCCUGUGGUCGUUCUAAAUGCCCGGUUUCUUGAGAUACCGGUCUUCGCAUUGUACAGGGCACAGACCGUUCGAGCCUUGGCAAACUUCUCAGCGCUAGCGCUGCUGCAAAGGGCCAAUCCGCAGCUUUGCUUUGACAGGAUGGCGCGUGCUCCCAAUGCAACCGUUCUUCUUGCAGAGGUGGUCUCAUCCCUUUUUGGUGCUGCGCUGGGUGUCGCAGCAAUGGUGUGCAAAAUCAGCACCACAGCCUUCAUUGCGAACACAUUGUUUUGGGACUGGGACAUACUCCAGUGGCUGACUUUAGCAGGGCUGCUGAACAACAUUGCAGGUCUGCUACAAAUCGAAGAACUGAGGAUGGAGACUGCAGCGAGACACUACUGUAAUGUCCAGCUCAGCCGAACGACGGACGAGUUUGGCCAGAGAAUGGGCAGGAUAUUUCAGCAUGUUCUGCAGAAGGAGCUGAAGGAUGCUUAUGGGACAUACAAUGGAGGGUUUUUCUGGCUUGCGAUGACCUUCGAGGAUGUGAUGAGGCUGAGCUUACAAGCCACACGACUGAGCAUCCAAACCACAAGCGAGCAGGUCAGACUGAGUGCACAUCGGGCCCAAGAAGUUCAAGCACAGCAAGCAACGGAGUAG